CAUAAAAAUCUGUGGUUUGGGGUUCAUUCUUCCUCUGCUAGAGGAAACAUAUUGAGGUUGCUAAGUGACUGUGUGGGGAGGGAAGCUACGUUCACUGCUUGCCUGCACUUCUCUGCCUAGAUAAAGCUAAGUCUUCUCAAGUGAACACUAUAAUUAUGUUCUGCAUUGGUGGCGGUAUCCUGGUGGCCGUGCUUGUGCUGAUGGGUGUUGUCAUCUGUCUUUACUUCAAAGUAGCCAAUGCAUUGAAAUUAGCUCCAGCCCUAAACUUCCCAGAUACCCCUGACAAUUGUAACAAAUGGACUGAGAAGAAAAAUUCUAAUCCCAUGCUUGUAUGUGUAUGUCUUUUCUCAAGAGCCCCAAAGGUACCUGCUUGUUUGGCCUUAAAAAAUAAUCCAGCCAUGCUCACCCAGGACAAGCUCGCUACAGCCACUGCCAUCGCCACUGGGUCUUGUCCCUACCUCCAAUGCUGUGACGAAUGUAGCUUGUACGCCAACUUUGAUUCCCUGCCACCGUGCUGCUGUGACGUAAAUGAGGGACUCUGACUUGGGUGGGCACAAAUAUCUUCAUGAGCAAUAUUUCUUUCUUAGUACAAUGUUUUAUUAUUCAAGUUUUAUAGUGUUUACAUUAUAUUAUGUACUAUAGAACAUAUUUA